AUGAAAAAUAAAGAACUGAAAUUUAGAGUUACACCAAUACAAGGUCCUGUUCAAAAUCAGCUGAUGCAUUCAUCAGAUGGCCAGGGAUAUAGCCCUUUGGUUCCAGGAUCGUAUUCGCAUCAGACGCCAGCAAAGGUUCCUCCACAUCAGUCUUCUGGACAGUAUAACUAUAGUGGCUCUCAGAAUGUUUCUCAAUUAAACAGUUAUCAAGGACCUGGGCAGACUCUCAAUAGACCACCAGUGGCACCUUACUCCGGGUCACCAGUACAACAGACAGGUCCUGUUCCACAAGUGCUGCUGCCCGCAUUGCAAAACUCAGCUGCUGUAUCAUCUGCUGGUAGCUUUCCUCCUGGAGCUAGCUCGCCAGCGCUUUCAAACUGGCAGUACAGCCAGACUCCUGUGAGUCAGCCACUUGGGUCUCAAACAAGCCAUUUGGCUCACGUGUCGGGGAUGGGGUCAGCUCAGCCACCAUCAUCGUUAUCAGGAAAUACAAAUCCUCCAGGAAGUUACCGAUAUGCUGCUUCUCCAGGAGGUCCUCCGCUUCAGAACAGCUAUAUGAAGCCAGGAUCUGCACCUCCACCAGUGACUCAGCCUUUAACUCCACUCCACCCUCCUACAAGGCCACCUUUAGGAUCUCCACCAGUUGGCGGUUCACCUUUAAUUAGGCCAUCAACACUGAUAGCAGGACCACCUAAUACACAGUCUCUGCUAAAUUCAGCUGCAAAUCGAGAAGGUGAUGCUACAUCUGCUGCCAGUGAUGGGUCUGUGGUCCAAAACAGCUAUGAUGCAAUAGAAGGUGGUGGCCUUAUGGCAACUCCACAUCCUUCUCCUGCACCCCCAAAUCUUAAGAUGAGUAGAAGUGUUGGGUAUUCUUACCCUACCUUACCUCCAGGCUACCAAAAUACUUCUCCACCUGGAGCACCAGGAAUGCAAGCACCUGCUUUGCAGUAUCCAGAUGGAUCAAAACAUUUCCACCAGAGUGCCCUGGGCACUAAUCACUUAACUGCAUCUAUGGGUAGCCUGAGUCUACAGCAAGAAGGAUUAAGACCUGUGAAUCUUCUCCAAGAAAGAAAUAUUCUUCCUAUGACCCUCUUGAAGGCUCCUGUCCCAAACUUGCAUGAAGACAUCCAGAAGCUCAACUGUAAUCCUGAGUUGUUCCGCUGUACCCUGACUAACAUUCCUCAAACUCAGGCCUUAUUGAAUAAAGCCAAACUUCCUUUGGGGCUCCUGCUUCAUCCUUUCAAAGACUUAUCGCAAUUGCCAGUGGUCACUUCAAGUACUAUUGUGAGAUGCCGUUCCUGCCGGACAUACAUUAACCCUUUCGUCAGCUUUCUAGACCAAAGGAGAUGGAAAUGCAAUCUGUGCUAUAGAGUGAAUGAUGUUCCUGAAGAAUUCAUGUAUAAUCCUGUGACAAGGGUUUAUGGAGAACCUCAUAAAAGACCUGAAGUCCAGAAUGCUACUAUUGAGUUUAUGGCUCCAUCUGAAUACAUGCUACGUCCACCUCAACCACCUGUGUACCUCUUUGUGUUUGAUGUCUCUCAUAAUGCAAUAGAGACAGGAUACUUGAAUACAGUCUGCCAGACCUUGUUAGACAAUCUUGACUUGCUUCCUGGGAACACUAGAACAAAAAUAGGCUUCAUAACAUUUGACAGCACAAUCCAUUUCUACAGUCUUCAGGAAGGUCUCUCUCAGCCUCAGAUGCUUAUAGUUUCAGAUAUUGAAGAUGUAUUUAUACCAAUGCCAGAAAACUUGUUAGUAAAUUUAAAUGAAAAUAAAGAGCUAAUUCAAGAUCUGUUGAGGACCUUGCCACAGAUGUUUACCAAGUCCCUGGAAACUCAGAGUGCUCUGGGUCCUGCAUUACAGGCUGCCUUUAAACUGAUGUCCCCCACUGGAGGUAGAAUCUCUGUCUUCCAGACACAGCUUCCAUCUGUGGGAAUGGGAGCACUAAAGUCACGAGAAGAGCCAAACCAAAGAGCAACUGCAAAGGAUAUACAUCUGACACCAUCGACUGAUUUUUACAAGAAGUUAGCCUUGGACUGCUCAGGGCAACAGGUUGCAGUGGAUUUAUUUCUUCUUAGUGGACAAUAUUCUGACUUGGCUUCUCUAGGCUGUAUAUCAAGGUAUUCUGCAGGUAGUGUCUAUUACUACCAGUCUUACCAUCAUAAACACAACCCUGUCCAGGUGGAGAAAUUGCAAAAAGAACUGAAACGAUAUUUAACUAGAAAGAUUGGGUUUGAGGCUGUCAUGAGGAUAAGAUGCACCAAAGGUCUUUCCAUUCAUACCUUCCAUGGCAACUUCUUCGUACGAUCUACAGACUUGUUGUCAUUACCCAACGUAAACCCAGAUGCAGGAUAUGCUGUGCAAAUGUCAGUAGAGGAGAGUCUUACUGAUAUGCAAGUUGUUUCUUUUCAGUCAGCCCUCUUGUACACAUCCAGCAAAGGUGAAAGACGAAUUCGUGUCCACACUAUGUGCUUACCUGUUGUAACAACACUGAGUGAUGUCUACCUAGGGGCAGACGUACAAGCCAUCACUGGGCUGCUGGCCAAUAUGGCUGUGGACCGAUCAGUUUCUGCUACCUUGAGUGAUGCUCGGGAUGCCUUGGUCAACGCAGUGAUAGAUUCUUUAUCUGCUUACCGUUCAUCAGUCUUAAGCAUUCAACAACCUGGUCUCAUGGCCCCCUACUCACUACGGCUCUUUCCUCUUUAUGUACUGGCACUCUUAAAACAGAAAGCAUUUCAAACUGGGACAAACGCACGUUUAGAUGAACGCAUUUUUACCAUGUGUCAAGUGAAAAACCAGCCCCUUGUUUACCUCAUGCUUAUGACACAUCCCAGUCUGUACAGAGUUGAUAACCUCACAGAUGAGGGAGCUCUUAACAUAAAUGAUAGAACUAUACCUCAGCCACCUAUUCUCCAGCUGUCAGUGGAGAAGUUGAGUAGGGAUGGUGCUUACCUUAUGGAUGCUGGCUCUGUAAUGUUUCUGUGGAUUGGGAAGAACUGCGGGCAGAGCUUUCUCAGCCAAGUCCUUGGAGUUCCAAAUUACGGCUCAAUACCGCAGAACAUGACGCAUCUCCCAGAACUUGAAACUGCAGAAUCCAUCAGAACAAUAGCUUUUGUUUCUUGGCUGAGAGAACAGAGACCUUUCUUUCCUAUACUAUAUAUAGUAAAGGACGACAGUCCAUUGAAAUCAAGUUUUCUGCAAAAUAUGAUUGAAGACAGAACAGAAUCAGCCUUAUCAUACUAUGAAUUCCUCCUUCAUAUACAGCAGCAAGUGAAUAAAUGAAACACUAGUCUUUGGCUCACUUCUUUAAGGAAAGAUUUUUGCAGUAAAGAACGAUUGUGCUUGUAAUAUCUUCAUUAAAUCUGUGGCCUGAGGCAGUUGAUGAGAAGUUCUCACUGUGAUUUCAACAAACUAAAGCAAAUAAAGGACCACGUCUGAGAAUCGAAUGUGCAACUACAUAAUAUUGUACCUUUAAAAAAAAAAAAAUCAAACUAUUGGAACUGGUUGAGCACCUUUAAUUUGCUGCAAAUCAUGUUUUUACUGUGUAAGUAGUUGCAGCAUGACCAUUUACAAAGGCAAUACUGAAAAGGUGAAAUACAUUUUGUAAAAUAAAGAGUUCUUUGUUGUUCAAAAUGUAU